CAGUUGUAUUCGGACCGUUUCAAUUGACGUUGAUGGACAGAAUGAGGAAGAAGAAGCAGCGACUCUCGCUCCAGAACUUCUCAUUUACCACCACGUUGGUACGUUUUGGCUCAGGCUUUUAUUGUGAAGAGUCCCCGGUCCAGCCCCCGGUAUCUGGGUGACAGCUCUGCGGCUUUGACGCAGCUGAGGCCGGUGUGUAUGUUCGGCGCUGACAGGACACUGGUGGACGACAAACUGGAUCUCUCGGUGAGGGACGUCCACAGCAGCGGCCACUACACUGGAUUACCAUCACACUCAGAGCUCUCCAGCAGAGGGCAGUGCAACACCAAGCCCAAGUCAUACUCGGUCAGGUCCUCGCUCCGCCUGUGCGGUCAAGAUCACACCUCUGUCAAACAUGAAAGGCUCUCCUGACCUGAUUCCUGCUGCAGGCUUGGACCCCAGCAGAGUGUGUAAGGGCAAAGGAGUGGUGACUCUGAGGGCCACUCUGGUCCACAUCGAUGAUGAAGGCUGCAUCAGCGAGGAGCCAAACAUCACCAAGAUGCCAAGUGGCUGGACAAGCCAGAUUAAUGGGGACAGCUCAAAAGCGGGACUGGCAGAGGGGGGCAGCAGCUUCCCAGCUGAUUUACCUCCUGUAAACACCACCCAGUGCCAGGUCAACUCACCCGAGGGUUUAAAGGAGAAUCACUCUCCUGUCGACCAUCACAACUCCUACAGCUCCAUCUACCCGUGCACUAGCGCAGUAAACCCAACUAUAGUCCUUCUGCAACACAGUAGAGAGCAGCAAAAGCAUCUUUCUCAUUUGGAAGAAAGGGACAAAAGCCCUGAUCCUGGGCAAGAGUCUGUCAGUCCGGUUCCGGACAUGGAAGGGACGAGACUGCGACUGUCGCUGCACUCCCCCGUCCUCAGUCCUCUCAACAAGCCCAUUGUGCCUGUUCGGAACACUGAGAAGUCCAAAGACUGGUACAAGACCAUGUUCAAACAGAUUCACAGGUUACCUGAACCUAUUGAGGAAAACCCUUACCGCCCCACCUACAUUUUCCCUGAGAACUAUGACAGUCUGGUGAAAUCAAAAGAUGACGACUCCAUUCCUUUUGGUUAUUUGGAGGAAGUGAAAGGGGUCCCACGCUCUAAAAGUGAUGCAGAGGUCGAUUCAAGGAACCGACAGAUGCCCGUGCCAACACGCUCCUCCUCGCUCAAACCUACCACCAAAAGGAACGAGUGGGAGCCCCCCGAUAAAAAGGUAGACACCAGAAAGUACCGUGCCGAGCCCAAGAGCAUCUUCGAGUACGAACCAGGGAAAUCGUCGGUGCUGAAGCUGGAGAGAACGACUCAGGAUGUAAGUCCGGAAGAUGUAGAUUUAGAGAAUGAGCCGUGGUUUAAAUUCUUUUCAGAGAUGGAGUUUGACAAAGCGAGUGCCCCCUCUUUCAGCCCCUUGGAAACAGCUGCCGACCUGCAGCAGUAUUCCUCAAGCAAGGCUGGACACCGUGAGGUGGACAAGGACGGGGGAUCAUCCUCGAGCGAGCCCUCGGCUACAGAAUGCGAUCGCCAUGUUUACAAGAGCGUCCUGGAAGGUGGAGACAUUCCCUUACAAGGUUUACGAGCACUAAACAAGCGUCAUGGCAGCUCUUCCUCCUCUAAAGUGGAUUAUAAAGGUGGGAAUGACUGUAUGAUUUCACCCUGCUCCUCUGUAAAUAGUCGAUCGGGUCUUGCCAGUAAUGCAAUAGGUAACCAGUGUAAGAAUAAGAAGCCUCUUUCUGCUGCCAAAGCCUGCAUACCGCAGAUCCUUCCCUCUAAAUUCAAGCCCAAGCUUCUGCCACCCGGUGGUGAUUCUCAGGAAUGCAGGAACAGACCGGUUAGGCACCCGAAGGCCCACAGCUGUGAAGCUCUGUACACAUGUGGUCCAGACUGCGCUGGAGCCGAGGGGCAGCACUUAGAUUCAACUUGUGCUCCUGACUGUAUCCACCAUGACUCUGCGGCUUUUAGAAGGAGCAUUUCUGAGUUCUCAAACCUCUACCGGGUCAUGCACCACAUCCAGCGGCCCAGCUCCGUCGGCUGCAGCCCCCAAGGAAGCGUCCGCAACUUGGCAUCUCUGUUUGAGGGAGCAAAGGGCGAGAGGGAUGGAAGGUCAGAGGCCGAGGAAGAGGGCAACAUUCCACGGGAUGCUGUGUCAUCGCGGGUCAGUGAGUUUGAAAUGAUCAUCCAGCGAUCCAGUUCAGCACCGAGUCGAUCCUCCUCGCUGCCCACGCUCAACUCCAGCCACAGUCCGAAUCACAGCCCUUCCCACCUUUGCAUGGUGUCAGCAGUGUCGGCAGAGUCGCUCCUGACGACAGAUUCAGCACAAAUGAACGGAUGCACCCUGGUGGAGUCGGACAGCAAGCACGCAGUGGAGGUGGCCUCUUCACCAGGCAGCAAAUCUGAGGAGGAAGAAGUGCCCUCAGGGAAUGGACUCCAUGUGAGAAGUGAGUCGCCCCCUGUUUCUGAAGUCAGUUGUGAGGUUGAGCAAACGCUGAGGAACAGCUCACCUGAACUGAGACAGCCGUUUCUUGAUGGACCGAGGAGUCUUUCUUCUCUGAUGCCACAGCACAACCAUCACCACCUCCUGCACCACCUGAACCAUCACCUCCACCUUAAACCUAGCAAAUGCAAAGGCUCCUGUCCUGCCUCCUACACACGCUUCACUACCAUUCUCAGGCACGAAAGGCAGAAGGCAACAACGCAACCGGAACAGCCUCCUCCGACUGGGAGGAAAACAACAUUGCCAGGAAACCUUCUCCUCAUGGGGCCUGCUCCCUUCAGGUUACGAAAGAACCUGCAGCCUCCCCAGUCACGAAGGACUGUGUUAGCCACCAGGGUAACCCAGAGACCUGACUCGAUCUCUAGUGAACCUCGACCUCUGAUACCCCAGCGCCAGUCUUCCCUGGAGAUCCUGGAGCGAAUGAAUAACGGGGACGAAGACCACGCUUACCAGCUGACUAACGGUCAGAGCUUGGACGCCAACGGGAACCUUCUGCAGCCGCUGGCAGUUCCGUGCAGAGACUCUUCCCCCGCUCCCGGUGACGGCCCGGACGAGGUGUUGAAGCGACGACAUGGAGACAAAGAGAAAAUCUUGGAGGAGCAGCGGCGGCUGAAGCGGGAACAGGAAGAGGCUGACACGGCGUCAAGACGACACACUGGCAUUGUCCCAACUCGCCACCAGUUCAUCACCAAUGAGCGCUUCGGAGAUCUGCUCAACAUCACAGAUAACACAGAGAAGAGGAAAUCAGGCUUGGAGAAAACUCCAGCAAUGGCACGCUUUGACUUCCGUGCAGAAUCACUGAAGGAGCUACCAUUUCAGAAGGGAGAUAUCGUGUACAUCAUUCGACAGGUGGAUCAGAACUGGUAUGAAGGAGAACAUCAUGGCAGAGUAGGCAUCUUCCCUCGGAGCUACGUGGAGCUUCUCCCCCCCACCGAGAAGGCACAGCCGAAGAAAAGUGUGCCAGUGCAAGUGCUGGAAUACGGGGACGCCAUCGCCCGCUUCAACUUCAACGGUGACACGGUGGUGGAGAUGUCCUUCAGGAAGGGAGAGAGGAUCACGCUCAUCCGUAGGGUGGACGAGAACUGGUAUGAGGGGAAAAUCUCAGGCACCAACCGCCAAGGCAUCUUCCCCGUCACCUAUGUGGAGGUGCACCGCAGGCCGCGGGUGAAGAACGGGCUGGACUACCCCGACCCGCCACUCAGUCACUCACCACAGCGCAGCACCAACGCCUCUCCUCAGCUGUACCGUAGUCGUCUGACCACCUCCCCUCUACCUCUCCCUCGCUCCCCCCGUCGAUCCGUCUCCCCCGAGGUCCAUGCCAUCUCCUCUGAGUGGAUCUCCCUGACGGUGGGAGGCGGAAGCCCCCCAGCAGCCCCCACCCCUCCAUUGCCUCCGCUGCCGACUAUAUCCUACCGCUGUGGCGAAUACCUACCGCCUCCAUAUUCCGCCAGCCCCGUGCCACCACUCAGCGGCAGUCCUUACUACAUGUCUCCCAUGGCCUCCCCUUCUGCGUCCCCUUUGCCCCCGCCUUACCCACCCAGGCCCAACUCAGCCACCCCAUUCCUCACAUUCACGCCGCCGCUGGGUGAGGACUUCCUCCUCUCGCCUCCGUCACCAAAUCUGUCCCGUAGCAUGAGCCCCUGCGGUGGGCCGGUGCUGGAGGGCUGGCUCGGGGGGGAGAAGGAGUUGACAGAGGGGGAAGGCGCGGAGGGGGAAAGAAGCGGUGGUCACGCUGCCCCCGGGAGCAGGCGCAGUAGCCCUGCAGAGCUUGUGAAGAACGACGUCGACCACCAUGGACGGAGCUCCAGAAGUCCAGUGAUGCUCUUCGACAUCCAUGACAACAACAACUCAUUUGCGCAACCCCAGUCUCACAGCAGCAGCCCGGAGCCCAGCCGCCUCAUCUGCGGAGUCUUCCAGGCUCUCUACAGCUAUGUGCCACAGAACGAGGAUGAGCUGGAGCUGCAGGAGGGCGACCUUGUCAGCGUCAUGGAGAAGUGCGAUGACGGCUGGUUUGUCGGUACAUCGAAGAGGACAAAAAAGUUUGGAACUUUCCCCGGGAAUUACGUGAAGGAGGUGAAGCUGUAAAAAAAGUAGAAAAAAAAGUAACCCUGCUGUAACACAAUCGCCUGAUGAGCUUGGGAAGUCAUAACCAUCGCGCGUGGCUGUUGAUAGACUAGUCGAGACAAACUCUGGGAAAGUGAUCAGCGGGUCUGAGGUAUGUCAAAGUGAAGAGAAGGCGACGGAGACGGCUGUUGAUUCACUGGCCAAAAACCUCAGUCCGAUGGACACCACUUCUCACUCUCCUCCAAGACAGAACUCGUCCCUCCAUGGAAUCCUGCCACAAGUUGCUUCACGCUUCACUUUUGUCCUUCGCAGUUCACACAGCCGCAGAGCAGAGUCACAGAGCGGAUCUUCUUACCUGAACUGGAUGUGGGAAUGUAGGAUAUUCAGGAGCAGAGGUGCUAACACAUUUAUAUUUAUCUCACCCAAACUAAUAUCUGAAGUCACCACAAAGUUAAGGAACUGUACAGAAUCACAUAUUUAUUCUUCACCUUCUCAAAAUAAGCAUGUUUGCCGAUGAUGGUCUCUUAGUUGGUAGCACUUCCUGCUUCCCCGCAGCUUCCACUGACCACAGGAUAAUGGAAAACUAAUCUUUUAAGCGAAUGAUUCAGAGAGCGUUUUUAAAGCAUUUGAACCCGUCCUUGCUGACUGCACGAUCGUGACGUGUAAAUGUGUACAGAAACUUCCUCAGGCCUUCGAGGUAUGGCCACUUAUUUUGGUAUAUGAUGCAGGAUCAGCAUUAACAGGACGGUUAGCAUGCAGAGCAACACCAGUUUACAGAGCAUGAGCUUGAAGAGUCCUGCAACAAACCACACGCCAGACCAUCCACACGGAGAAGACAUAUCAUUUCCUUUUUGAAAUUAUCUUGUAAUUAUCUGCGAGCUUAGCUGAGUUCAGUCGUGUCCCGGCGCGUUCCUCUACUCGAGGUGAAACAAGGUUGCGAUCACAUCAGCGGGUCCUUGUAUCCUCUUUCUGCUGUUUGGACACACUUUAUAACCAAGGAAUGAGGAAGUUUCAGAUAGAAUUCAAACAACAGUUGCUGCAAGGUCAUUUCAAAUGACCCUGAGUGAUAGUUUAGUACAUGAUGUGUAGCACAAUAUUUAUAUUUACUUUUGAUCUUAACAUGGCGGUGAGGUUUGGAGCGAAGCUCUGUUGUAGAGUAGAGAGUUUUACCUUGAUCACAGAGAACUCGCUGAUGUGAUCACUCUCCUGUAAUUUCCCUUUGACCUUGACAAAGUACACAGAGUCUCUGGUGAAUGACUGAGCUUGGAACCCGAGGUGUAAGGGAAAGGCCAACAACUAGCCAGGUUUUUUUGUAUUUAAAUUCCACAACUGGUCCUGCAAAGCAACUGUAUUAUUUAGGUUGUGAAGGAACCAGCUAACAGUCAUGACAGACAGAACCUGUGUCGCCGCUCACCAGGUCAUUUGAUUUAACAAGAGAAAAUACGCUCCAACUCACAUCUGGACCUAAAUUUUUGCUUCUGGUUCAUGACCCAGAACUGCAUGUGAACCAACAAAAAUGACUUGAUCUCUGUUGCCCAGUCACUUCUAUCAAAGCUUUUUUAAGAAUCCCGACCCGCUGACGUUCCUCCUGUGAUGGGUUUUCACUGGUGUUCACACUCUCCAUCACUCUGCCGGUUUGGCUCACAUGUCACUGGACCUCCUUGUGAUCGGGCUCGAGGGCAGUCACACAUCAGUGUCCUUGUUCACCAGAUGUUUGAAUGUAUAAUGUGUCGCAGCAAUUUUGUAUAAAUUUUGGUCCGAACUUUCAUCUUGAAUAAACAGCAGCGCGACACGUGAAGGAUUGUAAAUAUGUAAAAUAAGAAAUUUGACUGCAAAUGAUGGGAGCGGUGUUUGAGCUCCCAGUCACCUGCAGUUUGUUUGAGCUGAAGGGUUUUUGGCAAAAGCACAGCGUGUUACUGAGCACAGGAGGUCGACAAAGAUCACUCUGCCAUGGAUCAUGAUGCCUUAUGUUCGCCACGAAGCCGUGCCUCAUUUCCAUUAACGUCACCGACAUGUAUCCACGUCAUAGUUGAUGUAGCCAGCAACAUCCUGGUCUCUGUGAAGUUAAACCCAGAUCAUGUUGCAAGAACAGUGUGACACAGAACUAUUAACAAUCAGAAGUGUGGUGAGACACACAACCUGCAACAGGUUAUUUGUUUGUUUGCUUCAAUUUGCAGUGACAAUAAUUAAACACUAUACACUGCUGUGACUUCAAUAUUAUGCAAUACUGAAUAAACCAGUUAAAACUUGAGCGUGUGAC